AUGGCGCAUGGACUCUUUCAACCUACAGGCGGAGACGAAGAUAUAGAAGACAUUGGAGAGUUGUAUAUUAAGAAGCUAGUUUCAGCAUCUUUGCUUCAAAUUGAUGCUUCUUCCUACUCCUUUAAUUUGAAAAAUUCAAUGACAUUUAAGAGACUCAAAAUGCAUGAUCUUGUGCAUGAACUUGCAAGAUUAACAAUGAAGGAGUCAAGCAAAGCUAGAAGCACUGUUCAGCUGGGGCAACAACAAGAAGCAUCCAUGGAGGAAUUGGCCUCUCACAAAUUCAACUAUCUAAAGGUUUUCAACUUAGAAGAGAUGAAAUUCAUUUCAUUGCCUGAUAAUUGUUUUCCCAAGAUGAAGAAACACUUGAGAUACCUCAAUCUAAAAGGUUGUAGUAGUUUGAAAACACUCCCUAAUUCCAUUUGUGACCUGCAAAAUCUACAAUGUUUGAACCUUCCUAAAUGUUACAACCUUCAAGAGCUUCCAAAAAAAAUGAAAAAUCUCAUCAGCCUUCAAUAUUUUUUUCUAACUACCCAAGUUACAAGUUUGUCCUCCAUGAACAUAGGACACUUUCGACAACUCAAAUUCUUGUUUCUUUGGUAUUGUACAAAGUUAGUGUCUGUACCAAGUGCUGUUGGUCGCUUAACUGCUUUAAAGAAGCUAGUGAUUCAUUGGUGUUUUGACCUGGUGAAUUUCGAAGGCGAAGAAGAAGAAGAAAAGAAAAAUGUGGUAGCCUAUAGUUUGAACCUUCAAGUGCUUGAGAUUAAUGGAUCAUUCAAGUUGGAAGCUUUACCUGAUUGGCUUUACAGAGCUACUAAGCUGCGCUAUUUGAGAAUAUGGGGAGGAAGAAUGAAAUCAUUUCCCACAUGCUUUCCAAGUGAUUCUCUUGAAGAACUUCGUAUCAUUUCUUGUAAAUUCUUGACAUUUCUUCCCAUCAACAUGGAUCAAUUCCAUAAUCUUCAAUUCUUAGAGAUAGAUGAUUGUCCUAUACUAAGUGCAAGGUAUAACAAGAAGACAGGUCUAGAUUUGAAAAAAGUUGCUCAUAUCCCAUAUUGCGAGGUUAGUUUAUUCAAUUUCUGA